UGACGCGUUUUAAUUUGUCUGCUUGACAUUAUUUGAUCCUUACAUAAACAUGAGUAGAAAUAUAGAUGUUAAUUUUAUAUUUUUAAAAUUACAUGUCAUAUUUUAUUAAACAAAAAUAAAUUCAUAAGCAUUAUGAUAAAUAUUUUGGCAUACAUAGUAUUUUAUUAAUUAAUAAUUCAGUAACGGUUGGUAAAUUUACAAAUCAAUGAUCAACUAGUUGAACCGAAUAACUUCAGCAUCGAACCGGAUCGAUCUUUAAAUACAGAAUAUAAAGUCUUCGUUGUUAAAAAAACGUUUACCCCUAAUGUGAAACUUUUCCACGUAAAUCUCAAUUCAAGAAUUAGUCAUACCAUUCUAGAUAGAUCACGGACAAUGAUAGUAAAAAAAAAAAAAAAAUUAAUGACAAAUCAUUUUAUUUAUUUAUAUUAUUAAGACCAAAAAAGAAUUAGUCUUUACGGAAAUUCGUUACAUUUUCAAUCCCAAAUUUUAACAUUGAUCCAUUUUAAUCGGACCAUUUUAACCUCAAUAAAUACCCCUAAUUUUAAAAAAAAAAAUUAACACAAAUAAACUAAAACACUAUUUCAUUUAUUUUAUUUUUAUUUUUGGAAUAAAAAAAAUCUCGAAUUUUUCAUCGAUGGCAGAAUCCGAAAACACAAAGAAAAUGGUGACAUUAAAAUCAAACGAUGAUAAAGAAUUUGAAGUUGAAGAAGCAGCAGUUAUUCAAUCGGAAAUGAUUAAAAAUAUGAUCGAAGAUGGAUGUGCUACGAGUGUAAUUCCAUUACCAAAUAUCGAUAGUAAAACGUUAACUAAAGUAAUCGAGUAUCUGAAUAAGCACAUUACUAAGGACGAGGACGAGGAUGAGAACGAGACUGAUGAUAAAGGAAAGGCUGUGGAAACAGGUGAGGAAGACGAUCUCAAGGAGUUCGAUGAGCAAUUCGUGAGUGUGGAUUGGGAAGAGCUCUUCGAUAUCAUAAUGGCCGCGAAUUAUUUGAACAUUCACGAGUUGAUGGAGUUGUGUUGCCAAUCUGCAGCUGAUAGGCUGAAGAACAAGAGUGUUAGAGCUGUUCGCGAGAUGUUAAAGAUCACGAAUGAUCUCACCGAGGAAGAAGAGCAAGAAAUUAUCAACGAUGCUCCGUGGGCAUUUGAAGGUCCUGAGAUUGAUGAUACCGUUAACUAGGUUAUAGUAAUCGUAUCGUUUAUUAAUAAGUUAGAUAGUCGAGGUGUGUCCAAGCUGAUCCUGAUACUAUAGUUAUCGUAGAAAUAUUAAUAAGUAGUGGCUAAAGGGUCUAUGAAAGUUUUAGAUAUAAUGUUAGUUCUUUUACUUUACUUGUUAUUCAUGGUGUUUUAGUGUAUUUUGCACUUUUGAAUAAUUGAGUUAUUUAUUUUUAUGAUGCAAUUUUAGCCUAUGACAUUGAGGAUUAUAUUGUAUAUAUCGUCUGACUAUAACAGAAUUAUG